AUGCUAAUUGCCCUUGCGUCGGAAAAUGCAGGAGGUCGAACCGCCUGGUCUAGUAACGUCACCGUUGGAAACAAAUUUAUGUCCGCUCGCUACUGGUACGAUGGCCAGUACAUCAACAAUGCCAAAGAGGAUGCCGCCGAAGUCGCUUACAAGAGCUUCGUCCCCAAUGACCCAGCCGGUUCGUCCACCGUCUAUUCCGGUCAAAUCUCGUUUUAG